AUUUCUCAAGAGUUAGCAGUCAGACCGCUAGCAGCACCGGUACUAUUUUCCGAACUUCAAAUAAGCGCUAGGUAUCAUUUUCUGAAUUUCAUAUAAGCACUAGAGUGCAUAUAUACCAUGGCCCAAAACACCACAAAACAUUUUCUGUUGAUUUCCAUCCCGGGAUUCGGGCACACCAUCCCGAUGGUGGGAUUGGCCCGAAAACUGACAGCGCGUAAUCACAAAGUCACCUUUGUCAUCUGCAAAGCUGCUGUGGAACAUAUUCGAAAAAAGAGUGAAAUCACACCGGAAGAUGAAAAAUCAAUCGAUCUUAUCGGACUUGAAGAUGGCAUCCCCGACUUUGAAUCGGACGACACUCUCACAAUGACGUCCAUUAUGAAGUUUAAGGAUCACGGCUUGCCGGCGCUGCAAAAACUUGUCCAAGGAAUACCAGUUGCAGGGCAACCCCCCGCGGAUGCCAAAGACCAAUAUGGCAUCACUGUGCCGGUUAACGCGUUGGUGGCCGAUAUUUUUGUGGCAGGAGCGAUAGUCGGGUGUGUUGAGCGGAAGCUUCCAUAUUAUUUUCUAAAUUGCUCAGCAAUUGGACCUUUCCGCACGAUGCUCAAUAUUACCGAACGGACACCGGUGAAGGAGUCCGAAGAAGUCGACAUGGAGAGCUUUGAUGUGGUUCCACCGGAAUCGGAAGGCCCGCAGCCGGCGAUCAGUCACAUCAUGAAAGGUCUCUGUUUGUCCAUCAACCAGUUUCUGGCUACUGCUAACGGAAUGCUGGUUAAUUCUUUCCGAGAGAUUGAGCAAAAGUUUAUUGAUGAGGUUAAGCGGGAUCCGCGAAUGAAAAAUUUGGACUUCUACUGCGUUGGGCCGUUUGUACCGGAAGAGAAAGCCGACACAAACCCCAGCCACGCGGAACUGGGUCAAAAGGUCACACGCUGGCUGGAUCGUCAAGCCGAUAAAUCGGUAGUGUAUGUGUCGUUUGGUUCUGUGGUCGUCCCUAACGAAAAUCGCAUCAUCGAGGUGGCCAAGGCGCUGCAAGCGCUGAAAAAGCCGUUCAUUUUCUCCAUCCGGCAGAAUCAACAAUCCAUUCUGCCGGGUGAUGUGCGUGUCGGUAUUGACACCCAUCUCGAUGAUCCCGAAGCACCGGGAUUAUUUUUGCAUUGGGCGCCACAAAAGCUGAUUUUGGCCCACCGAGCCACAGCGGUGUUUGUCAGCCAUUGCGGAUGGAACAGCACUAUUGAGAGUUUGUUCAGCGGAAAGCCGGUAGUUGGUUGGCCGAUUUUUGGAGAUCAAUUAGAAAAUGCCUUGUGGAUUGAACAGCUGGGGUUAGGAGAAUCGCUGAUUCGCCCAGAGCACGCUGCUAAUGAUGAAGAGAAAAAGAACAUUACCAGUGACAAGAUUGCGGCAACUGUUCUUCGUGUCGGGUACGACAACGACGCGACGCACAAGGCGGCGCUGAAGUGGAAGGAAAAAAUCAGAGCGGCUGUCGGACCGGGUGGCAGUUCUAACCGCGAGUUGCAGGACUUUGUGGAUGCCAUUGCGCAGUAAUUUCUGAAUCCAUUCUUCUUUGUACUCGUAAAGGUCAUGCAUUUGUUGUUAGCUGCAGCGCUAGCCUGCCGGCACGUGUAAUUCCUGUUCGCUCUGUACGCUUCUUAAACCCACAGUUCUUCUCUGAAUUAAUUUUUCAGUUGUACGGUGCACCAUAAAUGUACGAUGUUUGCUUCAAAAAGAGAGACUUUGUUCGAAUAAAAGAAUUUCGAGAUAAA